AUGGGUAUCUCUAUUAUCCAGAUACAGGAGCAAGUGAUAAUAGACACAAUCGAGAAUAUAACAAGAGGCGACUGGAAGGUACUUGUGCUCGAUGAGACGAGCAAAAAGAUCAUUUACAAUGUCGUCAAGGAAGAUGACAUCCUCAACAAGAACAUUGCCAACAUUGAGCUCAUCGAGGAGCGCCGCGAGAUGAAUCCCACCAUGGACGCCAUCUACAUCCUCUCACCGCAACCCCACAUCGUAGACUGCCUGCUGGCCGACCUGGAUCGCAAACGAUACCGUCGGGCGUUUUUGGUGUGGACGAGCGUCCUGGAUCCCAAGCUGCAACAGCGCAUCGACGGCGCGCCCGCCGCCCGCCAACAAAUUGCCGGUUUCGACGUCCUCUCCAUCGACUUCUUCCCGCGCGAGUCCCACCUCGUCACCUUCCGUGACCCCUGGAGCUUCCCCAUCCUCUUCCACCCCGGCUGCAACGACCUUGUACGGCAACAUAUGGAGGAUCUGGCACAAAAGAUUGCCAGUGUUUGUAUAGCAGCAGGCGAAUACCCGAAAGUGCGAUACUACCGGCCAAAGAACCCGAUACACGAGGCCAGUGUUCUGUGCACGCACUUGGCGCGCUUCGUUCAGCAGCAGCUCGACGACUAUGCCCGAUGGAACCGCGACUUCCCGCCACAAACCAACCGGCCACCCGGCAUUCUCGUCAUCACUGACCGGUCUAUGGAUAUUAUGGCCCCUCUCGUCCACGAAUUCACAUACCAGGCCAUGGCCCACGACCUGCUACCCAUCAAAGAUGGCGACAAGACGACAUUUCAUGUCACCUUCAACGAGGGCGAGGCAGGUCAAGAGGAGAAAGAUAUGGAGCUGCAGGAGAAGGAUACUGUCUGGGUCGACAACCGCCACCGGCACAUGAAGGACACUAUUGACAAAUUGAUGGGCGACUUCCAGAAGUUCCUCGACCAGAACCCGCACUUUACAAACGACAAGGGCGACGCAACCAACCUCAACGCCAUCAGGGACAUGUUGGCUGGUCUCCCCCAGUUCCAGGAGAUGAAGGAGGCGUAUUCUCUACAUCUUACAAUGGCGCAAGAGUGCAUGAACAAGUUUCAGAACAACAAGCUGCCAGACGUCGCAUCAGCUGAGCAGACACUGGCAACGGGGCUGGACGAGGAUUACCGCAAGCCGCGCAACAUCCUGGACCAGGUGGCUCGACUGCUCGAUGAUGAGUCCAUCACGACGGAGGAUCGCCUGCGUCUCAUCAUGCUGUAUGUUCUCUACCGCAACGGUGUCAUCCCAGAGGACAUAAACCGCCUGCUCGCCCACUCGAACCUACCCAAGUCUCUCUUCAACACGAUUGUAAACCUGGAACUACUCGGCGGACGUCCAGUGCGUGGACUGAAGGAGACCGUACAGCCACAACCGCCCGUCUUCCCGCCGGAUCCUAAAGGACCGGCACAAAACGGCAACGAAGAAGAGUACUCCCUCUCCCGCUUCCACCCUACGCUCCGCACACUACUGGACAACUUGUGUCGAGGACAACUAGAUCCACUCGUCUUUCCCUACGUCAACCCGCCACUCGAUCCCAACGGAGACGCCAUGCUAGCCCAGAAUUCUCUACGCGCUGCUAAGCCUAGCUGGGCCGAUGCGAACCGCCGUGUACCUGACAACCGCCAGCGCAUCUUUGUCUAUGUGGCCGGCGGUGCGACAUUUUCCGAAGCACGCGCAUGCUACGAGGCGUCAGCCAAGCACAACCGCGACAUUGUCUUGGCAACCAGCCAUAUGCUGACGCCACAUUUGUUCUGCCGCCAAAUAGGCGACCUGUCGGCCAACCCCCGGCAGCUCGAUAUCCCGUUGAGCCGUCCGAAGCCCAAGGCACCGGCCCACUUGUUUGAGCGGGAGGCACCGACGCCGCCACCUCAGCAACAGGCGCCGGCGCAGGGCCAACGACCUGCGCCUGGUGGUGCUGCAACUGGCCGCCGGCAGGUGGGUGGUGCCGGUGUCGGGGGUAUUCCUAGUGGACCUCGCCCGCCUGUCCAGCAGAUGGGCGCCAUGACGCUCAGCAGUGGCGGUGGUGCCGGUGUGGGCCGGACCCCAGCACCAUCCGUGGCCGCGAGCGGUGGUUCCGACGGAAAGCUGCACAAGGCCGACAAGGACAAGAAGAAACGAAACAUUUUCGGCUUGAAGAAAUAA